CUCGUUUAUUAGGAAUAUAUGUUUUGCCUUCUUCCGCAAGGGACAGAGUUCCUUUUGGACACCAGGAACAGUUAUUACUUUGUCAUGGGUUCACAGAACUAACUUGAGCGCGCUGGCGUUUUGACUUAUUCAAUUUCAUGGACAUCUCAUUUCAGGUUUUGGCAUCAGUUGGCUUUUAGAAAUGCCAAUUAUUUUUUUUUUAAAGAAAGCUAGACAGCAAAACGGAGCGAUCUGCUCUGAUGUGCCGUGUAUAAGGUGAAGGCGGAAGCACCUAUGCCGUGAACGCUCUCGUUUCCCGGAGCCGUUGGACUUUCCGUCACGAGCCGAGCGGAAUCGCCCGCCCGCCCCUCACGAGGAGAGCCAGCCCCGUCUUGUCAGUGCGCGGCGGUGUGUUGGAAGAUGGCGUUAGCCGAAUGGAAAUCCUAAUGACAGUCUCCAAAUUUGCCUCUUUUUGUACCAUGGGCGCCAAUGCCUCUGCUCUGGAGAAAGAGAUUGGAUCUGAGCAGUUUCCAGUCAACGAGCACUACUUUGGCCUGGUCAAUUUUGGAAACACCUGCUACUGCAACUCGGUGCUGCAGGCCCUGUACUUCUGCCGGCCGUUCCGGGAAAAGAUUUUGGCGUACCGCAGCCAGCCUCGGCGGAAGGAGAACCUGCUCACCUGCCUGGCUGACCUUUUCCACAGCAUUGCCAACCAGAAGAGGAAAGUGGGCGUCAUACCACCCAAGAAGUUUAUCACACGACUACGCAAGGAGAAUGAGCUGUUUGACAACUACAUGCAGCAGGAUGCCCAUGAAUUCCUGAACUACUUACUCAACACCAUUGCUGACCUGCUACAAGAGGAGAGGAAGCAGGAGAAGACCAAUGGCCGCCUUGCCAACGGCACCUUGGACUCCCAGAACAACAACAGCAAUGCCACACCCGCUCCCACCUGGGUCCAUGAGAUCUUCCAAGGCACUCUGACCAAUGAGACACGCUGCCUCACCUGUGAAACGAUAAGCAGCAAAGAUGAGGACUUUCUGGACCUUUCUGUGGAUGUAGAACAGAAUACCUCCAUCACACACUGCCUCAGAGGUUUCAGUAACACAGAGACUCUGUGCAGCGAGUACAAAUACUACUGUGAAGAAUGUAGAAGCAAGCAGGAGGCACACAAGAGGAUGCGCGUAAAGAAGCUGCCAAUGAUCCUGGCUCUGCACCUGAAGCGUUUUAAGUACAUGGAACAGCUGCAGCGCUACACCAAGCUGUCCUACCGCGUCGUCUUCCCCCUGGAGCUUCGCCUCUUCAACACCUCUGGGGACGCCACCAAUCCCGAGAGGCUCUACGACCUGGUCGCUGUGGUGGUGCAUUGUGGGAGUGGUCCGAACAGGGGUCACUACAUUGCCAUUGUGAAAAGUCACGACUUCUGGUUGCUGUUUGAUGACGACAUUGUCGAGAAAAUUGACGCACAGGCCAUAGAAGAAUUCUACGGUCUCACUUCUGAAAUCUCCAAGAACUCUGAGUCGGGCUACAUCCUCUUUUACCAGUCCAGAGACUAAAAGUGGAUUUCAAGCGUUUUUCGCCCACAGUCACCGGGAGGAAUGCUCUGUUCCCUCUAUGCGGGGAGCAGCGGACCACAAACGCACCACGGCGGCUCUCGCAGCUGUGCUCCAUACCUGUGCUUUUACUGUACGCACUCUGCGCUGCAGCUCAGCCAUGGAGGUUCUGCCUAUGUACCAGCUGUCCCUCCUGGCCCCCUGUGUCUGUCCCGCCCCAUCGUCCCCUUCACUCUGGCUGGACACUGAUGCCUCUGCUGCCGCUGCUGCUGCUGCUGCAGCGACAAUGAGACGAUAAUGAAUGAAAACUGUGUCAAGAUUGUUUAAAAAGAAAAAAAAAAGACAUCGAUUGAGGGUCGUACAAAUGUUGGUUGGUAUGAGUGGUGUAUUAGUUUUUGCCUUGGGUGUGGGGUUGAAAGGGUAUUUAAUAAUUCAUAUGAUGUAAUAUUCGCCUGGUGUCUCCCCCCCCCCCUCCCCCCCACACACACACUCUGAAUUCUGCACUGGGAUUUACUGAGGGUGGAUCAUAUCUUUGUUCAUGGGUGGAAAGCAGAACAUGUGCGGUGGGGGGGGGUUGAGUGUUCCGCUUAUACUGGGUACACUGGGUUGUGUAUUUCUACAGUGUACAGAAUGGUAUUUGUAUAAAUAUAACAAGAAGAUAAUAUUAUCAUUGGAAAAUGUUAGACCUUGAGAAGAUGUAUUAACACUAUGGUGCACUUUUGAUACCGUUUUGUAGGUGUUGGCAAGUUUAAUGUUGAGGGUUUGCUUGAAAAGGCCUGUUGUGAAGCGAUCAUUUUCUGUUUUAAAGAAAAAGAAAUAAAGGCGGUCAGAUCGAG